UGAGUAAAAAUGUACACAUAUCACUUGACAACAUGGCGCAAGGGCCGAUAUACGAAAAAAAUAUUCUUUAUUGUUAAAUCUUUUCUGCAAAAUACAACAUUCCAAUGUUAUCAUUAUCUAGUCGAUCCACAACUGCAUUGGCUUGAAAGGAUAUUUUGGUUUUGUUGUAUUGCACUUGUUUCGAGUUAUGGUAUCCUCUUGAUGAUGCGCUCUGUAGCCAACUACAAAACAAAACCAAUCAACCUUACAGUGGAUACAAACUACAUCAACUGGUUAAGUGCUUACCCAGCAGUAGUCGUUUGUGAAAAGAGCGAAGAACUCGCAUAUUACGCAAAUCUACGCACAUACAUUCCAUCCACCUCAAAAGUCAAUGACUCAGAUUUAUUCAAAUACGUCAAAGAAUUGAUAUUUUUUGAUGGCACCCUCACAAUGCUUAGAGAUUGUCAAUCUAGAGAAAAAUUUGUAACCGAACCUAGUGAUAAACCAAGCCUCAGAGACUGGCAGGAAGAAAAAGAUGCGUGUGAUAUAUUCAAAGAUGAUGUUAUUAAAUAUCAACAACUAAGACGAUCAUGCGAUGAUAUUUUCUUCAAAUGCUCGUGGAAUGAUAAAGAGUUUAAAUGCUGCGAGAAAUUUAUGGUCAUGUCUACUAUUUACGGCAAAUGUUUUGCAUGGAAUUCUUUGGUUGCAAUGAAAUCGUUAGAGCCUGAAUAUAAAGGCACAGAAAGUGAUUUGUCACAUUUAAAAGUAUAUUUUAAAGUGACUACAGAAGCGUUUCAUUCUUAUGUCAUUAGUAAUGAGGAGCACAUCUCACAUCGAGAUUCUUCUAAACAGCGUCCUUAUCAGUUAAAAGUGUUAACAUUCCAGGCUGGGAAUGUAUACGUUCGAACUAAAACAAUGGCAAAUGAUAAAAGUGUUAGAAACGUACCUCUUGAGGUACGUCAGUGUCGAUUUCCCGACGAAAACAAUUUACUCCUUUCAAGAUAUUACAGUUUCGCUGGUUGUAUGACAGAACAAUUCGCUCAAUUACAAUUAAAACAAUGCGGAUGCACACAAUACAAUCUACCAGAAUUUGCAGAUAAAAACAAAUUCUGUAAAACUUUAUUUGAUCUAGCGUGUCUUUCCGAAGGACAGAAAACCUUUUUUGAACAACUACGUGAACAGGAUUGUAUGGUAUCCUGCGUGGAAUCCGAAGUUAUAAUUGUCGGAGCGACCAGAUCGAUGAGUUUUAGUGAAUAUGAAAAACCCGAAUAUGACGAGUAUAAAUCCGUGCUGAAUUUUUAUUUCUAUCCAAUACAAAUGCGCUAUCAUCGAAGGGUUAUAAGAGAUACUGUUGAUUUAAUAGUGAAUGUUGGCGGUAUUGUGGUGUAA